AGGACGAGACAUUCAUUUACCUAGUGAUUAUCUACGAAUAACAAAGGAAGCAAGAAUGAAGCCCUUUCCAUAUGAAGUUAAAUGUAUGCAAUAUUUUAAUUUUAAAGAUUACUCAAUCAAGAAAUAUCAAAGAUAUGCAUCUAUUAGACCUGGAAAGGUCACAAAUGAUCCUGUGGUCACCGAUAUUAGAGCUCUCCAAUAUUUGCCGAAUGGAAACAUUUAUUACAAAUUGGAUUUUGAUGAUGAAUGGCGAGAACUUCCACAACGACAAAAACCUGUUUCUCAAAUGGUAGAAUGGCCACAAAUGUAUAAAGAGAAACGAAAAAUAAAAUUUCAAAAAUGGCAACAUUUGCAGCUGUUAAAGUCAGUAAUACCUACUGACUGUCAUAGUUUUUAUGACAGCUUAAAACAUGAUUCAGAGUAAAAUUUUUUAGAG